AUGACUGGCUCCUUGUUCGGGUAUUCAAACUUGUCCGGACCUUCCAAGAAAUCACGCCGGGCUGAAUUCAACUAUCGAGUUGAUGACGGCAAGUACGUCUUUGAGCAACUGGUCAAGGAUACUUACGGUUCGGUCAGCACCGAGUACAUACCAACCGAAAGAAAUCGCUGGUGUCGAUCCAAGUGGAAAGUUGGGAUAGCUUGUGUUCACUUCCCAACUGUCGUCAGCAUCGACAGGCUGGCUCACUGGGGAGUUUAUAUCCGUAGGGAUGACCAAAAGGAGCUAGAAAUUGACUUCCCACAAGAUAUAUACAGAGUCUAUGGGAGCAACUGGACCAGCGAGUCCGUUGAGGCCCUUCAACUUGAAGCUGUCUGGCAAGCCAAGGAGAACCCCGAAUUUAAGCAGGAUAUUCAACCCGAUGAAAUCGUCUUUGUUCGCAGGCCAGCCGGGACAGGUCACCAUGAACGCGAUCAUUCAACCGAGGAACUAUAUCAAGAACAGGAUAUGUACUUCAGCUGGCCCGAAUUUGUGCUAGCAGCACAGUUUGUCCUCCAAGAGUACGUGGUGAGGCCGUGGAGACUUCAGACAGAAAAACUACUGCCCAGCGACCGAGCAAAGACUGUACGUGAGCUCAAUACAGUAGCAGCUUAUCGCCUCUUGGACAACAACUGUCAGGACUUCUCCCGGCUUCUCAUUGGUUUGAUGUUGAAGAACCGCUGGGGUGACCCAGGACGUUUGACCAAACCCUUUGUCUUGGAUGACUUGUCGGAUGAGUGGACGAGCAUCAACAAUUCGUGGUCGCGCGAGGCGCUCAAGGCACAGAAGCAGAGUCAGCGCGGUUUUCUGUACGGUAUCCCAUUACUACUGAAUCGCCUGGAAAAACCAGACAAAGAUGACCUGAUCAAGAUGGAGCCAGAAGACGCAAGAAGAUUCUGGGAGAGAUUGUCGAGCCGCCCAGGCGAAGUCCCGGAGGCACUACUACGCAAGCUCGACAACUGUCGCUUGGCAAUCCGCCUAGCUGAAGCCUACACAUGUCAGAGGUCCAUGUCGACCAGAGACUAUAUCCAGCUACUGGACAGCACGGAAGCGAACACUAUGGUGGAAUAUGUGAAGCACGAGUUCCCCGAGGCCAUAGAAUCUCAAGGUGCAACGGCCAGAGCGUGGUUUGCGUCAUUCAACCACAUCUCACGCACUGACAAAGCUGCCUGGGAUCUUCUGGCGUUCAUAUCGUGGAUCCAGCCUGCAUUCAUCCCAAAGUCGCUGCUGCCGGAUCCUGAGUCUGGGUCAUUGAACAACACAAUCGACAAGUUGGUCAGAUAUCGCCUGGCGAAGAUUGGGGGAGCCGACCAUCUAGAGAUGCAUCCCCUGCUCCACUAUCUGACACAGAUGGGGAUUCAACGAGCCGAACGUGGGAAAGAAACCAUCCUCAAGGCGAUCCAGCAUGUUGCCACCAAGUUCGCCGACCGCAAUACCAUGAAUCGUGAUGAUUGGGAGCAGUACGGGAGUCAUCUCCACAAACUGUAUUCCAAUAGCAACGGUCUUAUGAAUCAGGAAGACGAGGCUACUUUCGAUGUUGCUUUCUUGAUUGGUCGGGGUCUAAUCAACAACGGUGAGCCAGACUCUGCCGUUCCGUUCCUCAAAGAAGCUUUGCAUUGGAGGGAACUUCGUCUGAGCGAAAGCAGCCCAAAGCGGCUUGAAUCACACCUAGAGCUCGCAAAGGCCUACUCAGGAUGCAAGCAUUCCCAUUUGGUGGUUGACAUGCUCCAGGAGGUUAAACCUCUUCAGCAGUUCUUGACCAAGAGUCGGCUCAGCCUUAGCCAGCGACUGAUGGGCAAAAAGGCAAAUAUGAUAACCCCCGAGGUGGACGAUGCACUUCUUCUCAUCUUAAACCUCGCGCUAGAGCUCGCAAAGGCUUUCAUAGCAUUGCACAAGCAUAAAGAAGCAGCCAAAGUGUUCGCGGAACUCGGAAAGGCAGAGCCUUCCGGUUUCAUGGAGGACCAUCCAGGCUGGACUACACACAGGAUAGAGCUCUUGCGCACCCUGACUAUAAACGGGCAGUUGAAAGAAGAGAUCAGACUCCGAGAAAAGAUCCUGGAUGCCGAAAACCACCCUGACCGACUUCCAUCGCAGAGAAAGCUGGUGAUUGCUCUGGCAGAAGCCUACCAGGAAAACCACCAGUACCAGGAGGCUAUCGACCUGCUCGAAAAACUCCUCCCUUUCGCGACUAAUCCGAAAGAAGAGCUGGAACUGCUUGGGACACUCACAACGGUGUGGCAGCACGUUGAUUUGGAUAAGGCAAGGGCACUCAGGCCGAGGCUGGUCGAGUUGCAGAAGGAAAUAGGUUAG